AGGAAGUGCCGUCUUCGUCGCCGCCUGAGCCGCGCGGGCCGCGAUGUCGUCCCGGCCCCGGCACGCCGACCCGGGGGCCGGGAGCGCACGGCGGGCGCGAGAGCCGCGGGAGCAGGAGCUGCAGCGGCGCCGGGAGCAGAAGCGGCGGCGACAAGACGCGCAGCAGCUGCAGCAGCUCAAGCACCUGGAGUCCUUCUAUGAGAAACCUCCUCCUGGGCUUAUCAAGGAAGAUGAGACCAGGCCAGAAGACUGUAUACCAGAUGUACCGGGCAAUGAACAUGCCAGGGAGUUUCUGGCUCACGCGCCGACAAAAGGACUUUGGAUGCCGCUGGGGAAGGAGGUCAAAGUUAUGCAAUGUUGGCGUUGUAAACGGUAUGGUCACCGAACGGGUGACAAAGAAUGUCCUUUCUUUAUCAAAGGCAACCAGAAGUUAGAACAGUUCCGAGUAGCACAUGAGGAUCCCAUGUAUGACAUCAUACGAGAAAAUAAAAGACACGAGAAGGAUAUAAGGAUACAGCAGUUAAAGCAACUAUUGGAAGAUUCCACCUCAGAUGACGAUGGAAGCAGCUCCAGCUCCUCAGAGGUUAAGGAGAGACACAAGAAAAGGAAGAAGAAAGAGAAGCAUAAGAAAAAGAAGAAAGAGAAGAAGAAGAAGAAACGAAAGCAUAAGUCUUCCAAGUCACACGAGAGCUCGGACUCAGACUGACGGGAAUUGGGCUUGUUCAGACCCUCAUCUGGGAGAUCAGACACAGGGACCAAAGAGCAGGGGACCGUGGGGUCAGAGAGGACACCAAGGAGGGUGUCUGGUGCCACACCCGUGUGUUCUCGCCUACCUUCCAGGGAAGGUGUGGCC